AUGAAGAAGCAGAAGCAACAAGUUAUUUCUCGCUUUUUUGCACCAAAAUCCAAAACCCAACAAAAACCCUCUUCAUCCGAUUAUCCACCAUCAUCAUCGUCAUCCUUGCCGACCUCACAAUCGCAACCUCCAACGCCACCGCCAAAAAUUUCCGCCACCGUCGCAUUUUCCCCUUCCAAACGUCUCCGAACAUCCCAGCUCAUUUCCUCUUCUCCUCAAUCCAACUCCAAGGCUCCGAAAUUGCUUCAUUUUUCGGACGACGAUUCGCAACAAUAUCUUUUUUCCCAUAAACCCUCAAAGAAACCUAAGUUUUCACCCCACACGCAUAAUCCUAUCCCGCCUCUACCUGACCCUGUUAUUCAUAAGAAAUUCUUGGAGAAACUUCUGGAACCCUCUCAAGAAUGGCUGGAACCUUCCAGAAAUCGGCAAAAUUUGAACCAACCUAAGUACACUCCACUGGAGGAGCAAGUUGUGGAGCUUAAGGCUAAGUACCCUGAUGUUCUCUUGAUGGUCGAAGUAGGGUAUAAGUACAGAUUCUUUGGUGAAGAUGCUGAAAAUGCUGCUAGGGUUUUGGGAAUUUACGCUCAUAUGGAUCAUAAUUUUUUGACUGCUAGUAUACCCACAUUUAGGCUGAAUGUUCAUGUGAGGAGGCUUGUUAGUGCCGGGUACAAAGUUGGGGUUGUAAAACAAACUGAAACUGCAGCUAUUAAGGCUCAUGGAGCCAAUAAGGCGGGACCCUUUUGUCGCGGGUUAUCGGCCUUGUACACCAAGGCCACGUUGGAAGCUGGUGAAGAUUUGGGUGGGGAAGAGGAGGGUUGCAGUUCAGUUAACAAUUAUUUGGUUUGUGUUGUGGAGCAGGAGGUUGAAAAUGGGCAGGGUGCAAACGAGAGCAGGGUUGAUGUCAAACUUGGUAUAAUCGGUGUUGAAAUUUCAACUGGUGAUGUUGUUUUCGGAGAGUUUGAAGAUGAUUUUAUGAGGUCUAGCCUGGAAUCUAUAAUUUUGAACUUGUCUCCUGCUGAGUUGAUUCUGGCGAAUCCAUUGUCUAAGCAGACUGAGAAGUUGCUUUUAGCAUAUGCUGGACCUGCCUCAAAUGUUCGCGUGGAGCAUGGCUCACGAGAUUGCUUUGCUGAUGGUGGUGCAUUGGCCGAAGUAAUGUCUCUGUUUGAGGAGAUGGCCGAGAAUAAGCUAGUAAACUCGUGCAAUGGGGAAGAUGGAGAAGUUAGAGUGGAGGACAGCGAGUGCCCUGCAAUCAAGGGAAUCAUGGCCCUCCCUAAUUUGGCAGUACAAGCUUUAGGUUUAACCAUUCGUCACCUCAAACAGUUUGGGCUUGAAAGAAUCCUCUGUAUGGAAGCUUCAUUUCGUCCUCUUUGUACGAAAAUUGAGAUGACCUUGUCGGCCAAUGCGCUUCAGCAACUGGAGAUACUGAAGAAUAAUGCAGAUGGCUCAGAGUGUGGCACCUUGCUGCAAUGUAUGAACCACACUCUUACCAUUUUUGGUUCAAGGCUUCUUCGCCAUUGGGUUUCACAUCCUUUAUGUGACAAUAGCAUGAUAAAUGCCCGACUGGAUGCAGUUUCUGAGAUUGUGGAAUCCAUGGAUUCCAUUAAAGCUUCCAGUAAUUUGGAAAGUGAUGGGGGAAGUUCUGGCAUCCUCGUCAUAAAGCCUGAAAUUCAUCAGAUCCUAUCUUCAGUAUUGACCUUUUUGAGUAGGUCGCCUGAUAUCCAGCGUGGGAUAACAAGAGUAUUUCAUCGCACAGCUACUGCGUCGGAGUUCAUUGCAGUUAUUCGAGCUAUUUUACUAGCUGGAAAGCAGCUUGAAAAACUCCAUGUUCAGGAAGAGGAUGAUUGUGUAACCAUGCAAACAAAGACGAUCUGCUCACCUCUUCUAAGAAAGUUGAUUGAAUCAGCUUCGUCAUCCAGUCUUAUGUCUACAGCCGAAAAAUUAUUGUGUGGGCUAAACGAAGAAGCUGCUGAUCAAAAAGAUAUUCAUAACUUAUUUGUCGUCGAUAAUGGACAAUUUUCAGAGGUUGCUAAUGCUAGAACAAAGGUUGAGCUGGCAAAGGAGAAAUUGGAUUCUUUGAUUAGAACGUACCGCAAACAAUUAAAAGAACACAACUUGGCGUUCAUGAGUGUGUCUGGUGUUACUCAUUUAAUUGAGUUACCGCUAAAUGUUAAGGUGCCUUCAAACUGGGUGAAGGUUAAUAGUACGAAGAAAACAAUACGUUAUCAUCCUCCCGAAGUGUUGGCAGCCUUGGACCAAUUGUCAUUGGCAAACGAGGAGCUAACUCUCAUUUCCCAAACUGCUUGGGAUAGUUACUUAAAGGACUUCGGUAGGCACUAUGCCGAGUUCCAGGCUGCUGUUCAGGCUCUCGCUGCUUUGGAUUGUCUGCAUUCACUUUCUAUUCUUGCUAGGAAUGAGAAUUAUGUCCAUCCAACUUUUGUCAGUGACAGUGACCCUAUGCAGAUACAAAUUAUAGCUGGUCGUCAUCCGGUGAUGGAGACCGUGUUACUAGAUAACUUUGUCCCAAAUGAUACAAAUCUGCAUGCCAAAGGAGAGUGCUGUCAAGUUAUUACUGGGCCAAACAUGGGUGGAAAAAGUUGCUAUAUUCGCCAAGUUGCUCUCAUUGCUAUCAUGGCUCAGGUUGGUUCUUUUGUACCAGCAUUAUCAGCAAAGCUGCACGUGAUAGACUGCAUUUACACGAGAAUGGGAGCUUCUGAUAGUAUCCAACAAGGAAGAAGUACUUUCUUGGAAGAACUGAGUGAAGCUUCUCACAUUCUACACAACUGUACAACCCGCUCAUUGGUUAUCAUCGACGAGCUUGGGAGAGGGACAAGUACGCAUGAUGGGGUUGCGAUGGCCUAUGCUACGUUGCAUUAUCUUCUAGCAAAUAAAAGAUGCAUGGUUCUAUUUGUCACACAUUAUCCCGAGAUAGUCGAUAUAAAAGAUGAAUUCCCAGGUUCAGUAUCAGCAUAUCACGUUUCAUAUUUGACCUCACAGAAAGAUGAACAACUGGAUACAGAUUCAAACUUGAAUAUGGACGACAUGAUUCAAGAUAACAUUACCUACCUUUACAAACUUGUUCCUGGCAUUUCAGAAAGAAGUUUCGGGUUCAAAGUUGCUCAACUUGCUGAGCUGCCUUUGUCAUGCAUUCGACGAGCCAUUUUGAUGGCCACAAGAUUAGAAGCUGCUGUGUGCAACAGAGAGAAACUCAGGUUGGCUAAUACUUGUUUUUCGGAUAAAGGAUCAAGUCCAAGUCAAGAAGUUGAGGGAGAAAAAGAUGAGAAAGCAGUUGAGAUGUUUCACAAAUCGUUGGACUUGUGCAAACAGUUCUUUCGAUAUUUCAACUCCGCAAUUUCAGGAGAAACUGACGUUGCAGAAAGGUUCAAGAACUUGAAGCUCGCUAAGAAUCUUGCGGUCGAGUUGAUCAAUAGGUGCUAG